AUGUUUCUGGGCAAGGCAGGAUUUAGCUCACUCUACAGUCUCGCUGACGAGCCUAUCAGAAAAACUUCUCACAGACUUUCCAAGCCACUAGUAGGAGAUGAUGGGAGGAUUUAUGCUUGCUCUGAAAGGAAUUUCUUUGCAUUUGAAAGUAAUGGUACCAUUUCUUGGACUGCACACCUAAACUAUACAUGCAAUACUGGAAUGGCUCCGGUUCAAGGUGGGAAGGCAAAUAUAUAUCUGGUAGCAGAAAACAGAGUGCUGAAAAUUAACAUUUCAGAUACUGGAACUUCUGAUUCUGCAGCAGAAGUUUUCUUUGGUCCUCAGCCAGGUCAAGGUUCACCUGGUGAUAUAAUUGGGCUCUCAGUAAGCACAUCACUUUCAUCUGUAUUUAUCAAUGUUAAGAAUCGGGGGCUUUUUGCUUUCAGUUUGUGUGGACAACUGCUCUGGAGUGCUGGACCAAUGCUUUAUCAGUUCGGUUAUCGUCAAGGAUGUAAGAAAAAUGCCACAGAUUGCUAUUUUACUUCAGUCCCCGUGAUUGAUCUAUGUGAGGCUAGUGUAUAUAUCUCAAACACUGAUGGAGAACUAUAUUCUUUGUCAGUUCGUAGUCCUCACUUUAGAUGGGUUCAAGAUUUUGGUUCAUAUGACAAAAUGUUCACUAUUACUGCUGGAAACAAUGGCCGCUUGUAUGUUACCAUUCCAGUUAAAUCUCUUGUGUUUGCAUUGGAUGUUUUCACUGGGAAUGUUCUGUGGCAGAACAGUAUUGGACCUCUAAGUACAACAGAAUGUGCUCCAGUCGUUGACUCUAAUGGGUGGAUUUCUAUUGGAUCAUUAGAUGGGUUCUUGUAUUCAUUAUCACCAACUGGGGCACUCAAGAAAUUCCCAAGAACAGCUAGAUUAGAUUCUGUGAUCCAAGUUAAUCCACUUCUUGACUGCUCCGGCUAUGCAGUUUAUGUUGCUCAAACAGAGAUGGAGGGAAAGAUGAGUCGCACUAUUGGUGAAUACACUUACAUCUCAGCUAUGAAACCUCGGACUGUAGUCUUCACCAUGAUGGUGCCAGCAACAGGGUCCAUCUACUGGUCUCAAAGCUAUGCUGGUGUUUUCUCAUCCUUGCUGUCUGAUAGUGAUCUACACCACUUUGUGCUGGAUGAGAGGAUCCUUCUUGCUUUUGCUGCUGCUUCAAAAACUGGCAACCCACUCCCAUGCCGUACUAUCCGUCAGAAGCUUGCGUCUACCUGCUCCCAAGCAAAGCCAAAGUGUCUCAGCAUUUACACAGGAAAUGAGAGGGCAAUAUUAUUGUUCCUAUUAUUUGAAUCUGCAGUAUUGAUAAUACUAGCCGGACUUGUACGCUUCUGUUUCAUAUUUUGGAGGAAGAAGAAGAUUCAAGGUCAAAACCUUGGCAAUUUCCUUGAGAAACGACGUUCUCUCCAACUUAAAAGAAAGGUGUUCGGUAGGACAAUCACAGAGCUUGAGCAGAAAGCUGCAGAGGAGGCUGUGUCCAAUGAAGUGCUUGAAGAAUUGAGCAAUCUGGUACGAGAAAAGGAAGGCAUUGAGAAAAAGCUCUCAACAACUUACAGCCUGGGCAGGGACAGGGCAGGAGGCUUACGGUCGAAAUCUCUCCUUCCAUUAUAUGAUGGAAAAUCGAGGAGCUACUCUAUUCAAGGGUCAAAGAAAGAGAGCGUGACUAUCUUUCACACGCUCAGUGAUACUUCUUCGGGAGAAACCAGUGGUGAGAGGGAAACGAGCUGGAAUUUCGAUGAGGACAAGCAAUCAGCAGUUAUAGCCAAGGAUAAGGGAAAGGCAAAGGCAGACAGAGCUGUAGAAGUUGGAAGCUCAAAUGAUGAUGAAGCUAGCGAAGAGAAAGAUGAGGGGAGUCCAUCAGGGCCAUCUUCAAGCUCGCGUGGAUUUAAUAAGCCAUUCUUUGUGGAGCAUGCGCUUGAUGAGCCAAAGGAAAUGAAGAUGCACGUUGAGGGAGAAGUUGAGUCCAAGGAGGAUGGUAGUGGGAGCACAUGGUUGAAGAGGAGAAGGACUUUUUCUUCAGCUAAUUAGAAAAUGGAGAAGUCAAAAUGUGUUCUUUAAUUUUCUCUCUCGGUUUUGCGGGUACUCGAGGGCACCCCUAGUGUAGCUGUUCUCAAACAUGUGUCACUGUUCAUAGUUUUAUUUGUUUGUAUUCCUAUGUUUCAUGCAGUUCAGAAGGAAGCUUGGGUUUUGUUUGGAUUAGGUUUUAUGCUGCUGUUAGUGCAGCUUAGGUUUUGUUUUCAGAGUACAGACUUUUGUUGGCCAUAUGAAUUUAAGACUUGAAUUUGAAUUUAUGUGAAUUUGAAAUUCAUUCUUCUAAA